AUGUUGUUCGUCGCUACACUGCUGCUGUUCCUACCAGGCAUACUUGGUGUAGACUAUUUCUGUAUUUUCCGUCACCAAUGUGGUAACGAUUAUUUCAUGAAGGCAGUAAUGUGGAAGUUCUUCUGGAAACAACAGGAUACCCUGUACUGGGAUCAGAGUAUGGCAUUAGCGGCUAAGGACGCACUGAAAUAUAAUUCGUCAACACCGCCGGACACCCUCAGAAUCUACACUAAAAAGGGAUUCGAGCCAGACGAACCGAGACUGGAAAAUAAAAUGCGACAAACAAUGCAAGAUUUCAAACCUGAUUUCCCAAAGAUCCAGAAACUGCCUUAUUCUGACGAACUUUGGAUGCUUCUGCGAGUGCAAUGA